CACCCGCGAUAUAAGGCCAGCUACCCGGGAGCGGCCGCCUCUAGGCGUAGGCGCUGAGGGCUAAGGCACAGAUGAGCCGUGGGUAACAGCCAGUGCGCGGCUCGGUGUGUGUACAACCUCCCUUCGCUGUCUGUGGAUUAGCUGCUGCUGCCAGGAGCGCUGCGAGCUUCAUGGCGGGAUCCUGCGAAAUCAGCAACAUCUUCUCCAACUACAUCAGCGCCAUGUACCAGCCGGAGGAGGCCCAGCCGCCCCUGGAGCUGCUGGCACACCUGGGGAAGGAGGACAGCCUUGUGCCGCGCCAGCUGGAGAAGCCGGCGUGGUUCAGCGAGUUCCCCUACCUCUGGAGCAAGGCGCAGGUGCUGGAGUGGAUCAGCUACCACGUGGAGAAGAACAAGUAUGACGCCAGCGCCAUCAACUUCUCCUGCUGCAACAUGGACGGCUACACACUCUGCCACUGCACGCAGGAGCAGCUGCGGCUCGUCUUCGGGCCCCUCGGGGACGAGCUGUACAGCCGCCUCCACGAGAUCAUCUCGGUCUCGGACGAGCUGAGCUGGAUCAUUGACCUGCUGGAGAAGGAUGACGCGUCUUCCCAAGAGAUCUUCCUGAACUCCGGUGCCUCCGAGCUGGGGAACUCAUGCACGAAGGAAUCCCUGGAGGAGAUGAAAUCCGCAAACCCUUUCUACCAGGCUGACUUGAGCUACUUCUCCGGUGCCCUGUCUCCAGGCAGCUCCGACAUCUCUGUCUCAGGCACCGGGACGUCCCGCAGCCCCUGCUCUCAAGACUCCGGUGGAAGUGACCUAGAUCUCGACCCGACAGAACUGAAACUCUUCUCCUCGAACGAUGGCUGUGCCGACUACGAGAAAGGGGACAGCAAGCACGGCAAGCGGAAAAGGGGCCGGCCCCGGAAGCUCAGCAAGGAGAACAGAGACUGCCUGGACACCAAGAAGAGCAAGCACUCCCCCAGAGGGACUCACCUGUGGGAGUUUAUCCGGGACAUCCUGCUGCACCCCGAGCUGAACGAGGGGCUGAUGAAGUGGGAGGACCGGCGCGAGGGCGUCUUCAAGUUCCUGCGCUCGGAGGCGGUGGCCCAGCUCUGGGGGCAGAAGAAGAAGAACAGCAGCAUGACCUACGAGAAGCUGAGCCGGGCCAUGAGGUACUACUACAAGCGGGAGAUCCUGGAGCGGGUCGACGGGAGGCGGCUGGUCUACAAGUUUGGGAAGAACUGCAGCUGCUGGAAGGAGGAGGAAGUCUCGACCCGAAAAUAAGGAGCCCAGGGGAACCUUAUGAGGACUCGGGCUCUGCCCGUCUGGCCCAGGGGCGAGAGCCAAGGGAUCCUUAGACAAGCGUGUUUGUCAGACGGUUGGAACCCAAAG